UAAAAGGACACUAGCUUCUGUGGGUGUGGUGAGUAAUCAAAUAUCCAGAGGAACAAUUAAGAGGAUAAAUAGGUUUGAAAGGUUGACUUCUGACUAUCUGUAAAAAGAAAGAUAAAAUAAAGAUUUACUGUUGUAGUGCUAUGAAAAUUGGAUUUUGAAUUCUAAACAAUCUAGGUAAUUAUUGAGAUUGAGAACAUAGACAUUAUGUUUAAAUAGGAAAUGCAAUUGCUAUUUCUUGGGAAUAGAACAAUACCAAUAAAUAUUAGGCUCAAAAUAGAACAUAAAAGAUAGAUUACUACUUAAAAAGAAUAAAUAAGGACUAUUUUUUAUAGGGUAAAAAAAAAUCAUACAUAACAUUUUUUUUAUUUGUUUAGCUUGCAUGACCUUUAAUGACAUGAUUGCUAUUUUUAUGUGUGCAUGAGUUUAAAUUCAUCAACUUUUUUAGUUUAUUUUUAUUAUUUUUUUUCCAAGUAAAAGUUCAUCCUAGACAUCUAUUAAAGGAUAUAAUGGGAAGGUCAGGUUGAUUCCCGUAAUCAAUUAAAUCUAUGCAACUUUAAGGAAUAAAUACUACCAAUGCAAAUUAACAUGUUCAUAUAUAUCAUUUUAAUAAAAGGUAACUAAACAUAAAUUUAAAAAAUUAAUAAACUUAAGCAACUCACCUUCAGAAAUGACACAUGCACUUUUUUUUAAAAAAUAAAAAAUAAAAACAAACAAGAAUAAUAGCAACAACAACAAUAUUUUACAUCUCUUCUCCUACAUGGAUUUUAAACCUUGUCGAUUAUAUAAAAGUAAAUACAUUUUCAAAACCUGAACUUUACUCCUUUUGGAGGCAGGCGUUUUUUGGCUCUCUUAUAGAACAUUCAAAUUCAUGGUAUGGAGAGUUUAGAAAGAAAUCUUUGUAUGCAUGUAUUCCUUCUAAAUCUAGAAGGAAAUCUAAUAAGAACAUUCCAAUCAACACUGGCCAACUUUGUCACAAAAUCUUCUCACUUGCCUGUUAAACUCUUCCACCCUUUUCUUUCUAUUUAACGACCAACACCCUCCUAAAUCCUCUCCCAUCGGUACCGGGGCACGAUGGCGUCGGAGAACCGAGAUGUAAAGGUGGCCUUGCGAGAGAGGCAUAUCCUCAAAAUGGAAGAGGAGAAGAAGAAGGUGGAGAAUUUAAAAGAGGAGCUCCCCGAGUGCAACCGGUUGUUCAUAAAUGCUCUACAGUUCAUGGAGAACAAGUUGGAGAAGUGCAGUGGCAAGAGAUGCGUGCGCGUGUUCGGACGCAUCAUGUCUACUUCCGAGAAACUCGACGAGCCUGGCCACCGUACGAACGGAUCGAGCUCGGUCUCAAUGGAAGAUGCCGGCCAUGAUCUGCCACCGACAUCGCCGUUGCUGCCGAAGAAAGCGAGAAGGUAUUGGACGGAGGAGCUGCACUGCCGGUUCCUCAAGGCCGUCGAGCAGCUCGGAGGCGCCCAGCUUGCGACUCCGAAGCAGAUCAAAGAGCAGAUGGACGUGGAGGGCCUCACGAGCGACCAAGUGAGGAGCCAUUUGCAGAAACACCGGCUGAGCAUGCGCGAGAGGGCGGGGCUGAGCUUCCACCUGGAAGGAGGCGAUGCGCGGGUUCAGCGCGAGGAAGAUGAAGGGGAAGAAAGGGGCUGAAGCCCGGCAUUGGAACAUUAAUUUAUUAUUAUUAUUUUUGAUUUUGAGGUUAUAAAAAAAAUUAGAAUAUGAAAUAAAAUGAGAAACUCUUGGCUCCGUAGAUUUUUUAUUAA